AUGGGGUGCAUGUGCUCUACCUUGGCUUCCAAAUUCGCCUUCUUCCCUCCAUCUCCCCCAACCUACAAGAUCCUCCACCCUGAAAACAACGACGGCAAGCUCACCGUCGUAGCCUCCCCCUCCUCCACCACCACCUCAUUCCCUCUGCCUCACGCCCAGGACAACUCCCUCGACGUUUUGCUCAUUGACAACAAACGUGGCUCCAAGAUUGUCGCCUUCUAUCUUCGAAACCCAUAUGCUCGUCUCACUCUGCUUUACUCUCAUGGCAAUGCUGCUGACCUUGGUCAACUCUAUGAUCUCUUUGUCCAGCUCAAGGUCGCUCUCAGGGUCAAUCUCAUUGGAUAUGACUAUUCUGGCUAUGGAUCCUCUACUGGCAAGCCAAGUGAGGAAAACACAUAUGCUGACAUAGAGGCAGUAUAUGAGUGCCUUGAGACUGAAUAUGGAGUUAGCCAGGAAGAUUUGAUCUUGUAUGGGCAGUCAGUUGGAAGUGGACCAACACUCCACUUGGCAUCUAAACUACCAAGAUUAAGGGGUGUAGUUCUGCACAGUGCAAUUCUCUCUGGCCUUCGUGUUGUCUGCCAUGUUAAAUUUACAUUCUGCUUUGACAUUUAUAAGAACAUCAAUAAAAUCAAGAACGUGAAGUGCCCUGUGCUAGUGAUACAUGGUACAGAAGAUGAUAUUGUGAAUUGGUUACAUGGCAAUGGACUGUGGGAAAUGGCAAGGGAUCCGUAUGAGCCUCUAUGGAUUAAAGGAGGUGGGCACUGCAACUUGGAGCUUUACCCUGAUUACAUCCGCCAUCUUUGCAGAUUUGUCCAAGAAAUGGAGAACAUAACCACUGAAAUCCGUCUAAAAAAGAUCCGGCAGAACAUGCAUGUGCACAAGAGAUCAUGUGCAAGCCAUUGCUGCAGAAUUAAAGUCUGCCGACCUAAAUGCCCUGAAUGUUCUAUGCCAAAAUGUGUAAAAUGCUCCUGGCGCCCAAAAUGCUCCUCAUGCUGCUGGAAGCCGAAAUGCUCCUCUUGCUGGAAGCCGAAAUGCUCCUCUUGCUGGAAGCCGAAAUGCUCCUCAUGCUGGAAGCCGAAAUGCUCCUCUUGCUGGAAGCCGAAAUGCUCCUCUUGCUGGAAGCCAAGCUGCAUAAAAUGUUGCUGGCGGCCCAAAUCCCUGAAAUGUGCAGGACCAAGCUGCUGCAUUACAUGUUUUCAGUGGCGGUGCUGUGUAGGAGGAACACAAAGUGGGUUAGACAGGAGGCAGGAUGGCUGAUUGUAUACAUGGUUGUUGUAUAGGUUCUGAGCUGCUAACACCCUUCUCUUGUGCAGUAGUGUUGGAAACAGGAGGAAGUAGUUGUCGGGUAGAUUAAAAUUUUAUAAUUAAUUUAUUUUCAUGAUACUGGUCUGCUUUGAAACUCGAACAAUAUAUGAACUUUCUUCAAGAACAUACACUUUGAAUGAGAUAGGCAAUAUUGUUAGAGUCGGUG